AUGAUGCUCAGCGUUAAGCCCCAGCGUCACUUUGGCCCUGAACCCAGAAGUGCGUGCCUGCGCACAACCAACCUUGGAGAGAAGCACCAGGAGGGCUGCAUAAAUGAAGGGACGGCAUGCCGCCUAGCCACAGCGGUAAUUCGCUCUGUUCUGGAGCAUAGAAGAGCUAUAGAAAAGUUGGCAACCCUAGCCGUGAGGAAAAAUCCGCGCCUGAGUUUUCUGCAUGUUGUCAUGGAAACACAACAUGGAACUCCAUCAACUGACAGUGUAAUAGAGGGCAAUAAUUUUCCUGUUCAUGAAACAGAAAUUAUGGACAACUGUAUAUUUUCUGGAGUUAAUGAUGGCUUAGAUAUUGCCUCACAAGCGGCUGAAAAAAUGCAUCAAAAUGACAAUAUUUCAAAUACUGAUGAACAGGAGAAAGUUGAUGCUCCAGUGUUGGAAAUCUGUGAACCUGUGGGCAAACCUGCCUUGGAUCAAAAUUCAACAUGCCAUCAGGAGCAAGAAGAGCGCAUGGAGGUGACUGUUCAGUUGGAAAACCUUAAUUUUAAAAACGAAGCAUCAAUGAUAAAGGCAGAAGAUAAUAAUGAAACAAAAGACAGCUCUUCCGAAGACUCUAGUUCUGAUAGUGAUACUGACUCUGAUUCGUCAUCAUCUUCUUCCUCCAUACUUCUGCCUGUAGAAGAGGAGGAAGUUCCAAAUGCAAAUAAUGACCUUCCUUUAAAAACAAAGGGUGAACUUCUAAUCAAUGAACUGCCUGCAGUUGAAGAGUUGUCCAUUGUUUUACCUGAAGAUGUAGAACUGAAACCUAUUGGAAUGGUCUCCAGCAUUAUUGAACAACUCGUAAUCAUUGAGUCUAUGAAAGAUGUUCCCCCUCUUAAUGAAGACAGUGUGAUUUUUAAUGAAGGUCGAAAUGCUGUUGGGAAGAUAUUUGAAAUAUUUGGACCAGUUCCACAUCCAUUUUACGUGAUUCGAUUUAAUGAAAAAGGUCAGAUUGAAAACAAGGGUAUCAAGAUAAAGGACACAAUGUUUUUUGCACCCAAGGUUGAAGACUUCACUCAGUAUAUAAUACCUGAUAAGUUGAAAAUACAAAAAGGUUCUGAUGCUUCAUGGACAAAUGACCACGAGCCGCCAGCAGAUGUUUUAGAUUACAGUGACGAUGAGAAGGAAAGAGAAGCAAAACAGAAGAAAAAAGGGAAUAAUUUGGCAAAGAAGAAAAUCCAGUCCGACCAGGAUGAAAAUUCGAGCAGUGUCCAUGAACAGAACCGAAAUUACAGGGGGCAGAAUGUUUCAAGGCCACCAUCAAGACAUAAUUAUGGACCACGAUUCUCUAGAGGUAGAGCUGCACAACUACAUAACAAUGCCUUUGGACAGCAUCCUAGAACAUAUUUCCAACCUGGCUUUCCUAGUCCGCAUAUGAUGAAUCAACCCUAUCCCUUCCACAGCAUGCAAGCUCAAGAAUAUUCUUCAGCAUUACCAAGUAAUGGACACGGUACUCCUGUUUCACAUUACUACAGUUCUCCUUAUGGACAUGUGCAUCCAUACUCUCUCCCACCUCCACCACCACCUCCCCCAGAUAUGAUUUGGUCAGAACAAAACAAUCCUCUUCAUUUUAUGCAGAAUUCACAAUUUUACACUUCUCCACCACCACCACCACCACCACCACCUCUUGGAAACCCUAACCAGUCCUCAUUUGAUCCUAAUUAUAAUUGACCAAUUAUGUAAAUAUGACCCUUUGAGACAAAAGGUCAGCGUUUACAAAUAUUUCUUUUUUGUUGGAAGCGUAUAGAAAAUGUAAUUUUGGGUUUCAGAAUUCCAUACUUUAUUCCUAAAUGCAUAUUGCAAAAGAAAAUGCAAGUAUUUAUUUUCCCAUUUACUUCCAUUCAUUUUUGCACCAAUUGCAGCAUUCCGUUUCUGAUUUGGCCACAUCCCAGUACUUUUUAAAGGGUUUGUCCAAACCCAUGUCUUCACCCUCUAGAUAACUAAGGGGCAGAUUUAUCAAACUGUUUACAACAGAAACAAUCAAAAUGCAAGUAAAAAAGUAAUAUGUAUGUUUGGUUAACCGUACGCUAUUACUUACAUUUUUAUUUGCUGUAAUUCCUUUCUUAUUUGUAAUAAAAGUUGCAUCAUGGCUAUGUA